AUGCCUCGCGCUUUUCUGGUGAAGAAGCCGUGCGUCUCCACGUGCAAGAGGAACUGGAGCGAGCUUCCAGACGAGGAGCGCGGCGAGAUCUACGUGCCAGUCAGCCUGGGCUUCUGCUCAGCACAGCCCUACCCGGAACCGGAGCCGUCGGUGGCCGAACCCCCUUCUUGCCCCCUGGCUUUGGACAUGAGCCUUCGAGACUCCACCUAUAGUGUGGCUUCUGGACCCUGCGUGGUGGCCCAGCUGCCCUCUGAAGACAUGGGCCGCUUGGCCGAUGCCCAGAGCAGAGACCAUGGCUUCUCGCGCACCAAGAUGAAGGUGACUCUGGGGGACAACCCCAGUGGGGACAUCUUCACCUGCCAUAUCUGCCAGAAGACCUUCUCCUACCAGCGGAUGCUCAAUCGCCACAUGAAGUGUCACAACGACGUCAAGAGGCACCUCUGCACCUACUGUGGGAAGGGUUUCAAUGACACCUUCGACCUGAAGAGACAUGUCCGCACCCACACUGGCGUCCGGCCCUACAAGUGCAGCCUGUGCGACAAGGCCUUCACGCAGCGCUGCUCCCUGGAGUCUCACCUCAAGAAGAUCCACGGCGUGCAGCAGAAGUACGCGUACAAGGAGCGGCGGGCCAAGCUGUACGUGUGCGAGGAGUGCGGCUGCACGUCCGAGAGCCAGGAGGGCCACAUCCUGCACCUGAAGGAGCACCACCCGGACAGCCCGCUGCUGCGCAAGACCUCCAAGAAGGUGGCCGUGGCGCUGCAGAACACCGUCACCUCCCUGCUGCAGAGCAACCACCACCUCUGA